AUGGACAGCAGUGACCCACAGGAAGACCAAAGAGGAAGCAGCGGGAAAGAUAGCGAUGGAGAGAGCGGCAAACAGCUUAAGAACCAGCUCAACUGUGAGGAAAAAGGAGAGAAGGAGACCAAAGGGAACGAGACAGAGAAGAAGAAAGAGGGCCGGCGUUCGGGGUCGCUAUGGAGAAAUGGAUGGGCACUGAGUGAAAGACUGGCCAUCAAUGUCUCAGGGAUGCGAUAUGAAACUCAGCUUCGCACCUUGGCCCAAUUCCCUGACUCCUUGCUUGGUGACCCCAGGCGGAGGUCACGCUACUUUGACCCACUUCGAAACGAGCUCUUCCUGGACCGAAACCGUGCCUGCUUUGACGCCAUUCUGUAUUUUUACCAGUCAGGCGGGAGGCUUCGGAGGCCUGCCAACAUACCCCUGGACAUCUUCAUGGAUGAGCUGAUUUUCUACGAGCUGGGAGAGGACAUUAUGAACCGCUUUAAGGAGGACGAAGGUUUUCCAAAAGAGGAGGAGAGACAGCUGCCAUCCAACGAGAUCCAGAAAAGACUGUGGAUGCUGUUUGAGUACCCCGAGUCCUCAUCGGGCGCACGUAUCAUAGCCAUCAUCAGUGUCAUGGUCAUUGUGUUGUCCAUCCUCAUCUUCUGCCUGGAGACACUGCCCGACUUCAGGAAUGAGAAGGAGUCUCGGGAGGAAUAUUUUUACAAGUACCACUCCCAGGCAAAGAACGUAUCCGAGAACAUGCCUCUGCCACAAAAUGUUUUCCAUGACCCCUUCUUCCUGGUUGAGACCAUCUGUAUAUGCUGGUUCUCCUUUGAGCUCCUCAUGCGCUUCACUUGCUCUCCUAGCAAGAUGCACUUCUUCAAGGAUGUCAUGAACAUCAUUGAUUUCAGUGCCAUCCUGCCCUAUUUUGUCACUCUGGGAACAGAGCUUGCCAAGGACAAUGACGCCUCUCCAGCCACAUCUUUGGCCAUCAUCAGAAUCAUCAGGUUAGUGAGGGUGUUCAGGAUCUUCAAGUUAUCUCGUCACUCUAAGGGCCUCCAGAUCCUUGGUCAAACCCUGAGGGCCAGCAUGCGUGAGCUGGGCCUGCUUAUCUUCUUUGUGUUUAUUGGCGUCAUCCUCUUCUCCAGUGCCAUCUACUUUGCUGAGGCUGACCACACCAACACAGACUUUAUCAGUAUACCACAUGCCUUCUGGUGGGCAACUGUCACCAUGACCACGGUGGGCUAUGGUGACAUGUACCCAGAGACAGUGUGGGGUAAGUUGGUGGGCUCAAUGUGCGCCAUAGCCGGUGUGCUCACCAUCUCGCUGCCAGUGCCCGUUAUAGUGUCCAACUUUAGCUACUUUUACCAUCGAGAGACUGGAUGUGAGGGUCAUACCGAGUACAAUCACGUCCAGACGAGUCUGUGGGAGGAUGAGGGGCCAGAAGGGCAGGAAAUAGAGGAAGGGGAUGGAGAUGCAGAGGCAGAUUAUUAUGCCAUUGAAGGCAGCUGCAACCCUUUGAAUGGGACUCUGUUGGGUGGCCUGUGUACAGGACAGAGCACAGAGUUUAGAGAAGGUAACAAGUAUCUAAGUGAACCACUGGUGACUCAAGUGUAG